CGUUUAUCUGCCGGUGUCGACAAAUUAUUUUCUAGAUUACAGAUUGAAUUUAUCUUUACAACGAAGCUGCAAAUCUAUAUUUUUUUUCUUAAGUUAUUCAUCGGUAGAUAGAGAUUUGGAAAGGAAUAGUAGUUAUGUGGUGGGGAUACGCUGCAUUAAUUACCACACUUGCAGCGGGUACAAUCAUUACGCUGUAUACAACCAGAGGGUUUCAUGGGAACAUCGGCUGUAACGACGCCGUGAGGCGGCGCUGCGAACCCGGAGAGCCAUCGGUAUGCCGCAAGAAAACAUGUCGUGGUACUACGGUCGGUGGAAAAACCUUCAAGAGAGCAAUGCUAGCCAUACAUACGGAGUUACGAAAGAGGCCCUCAGCAAAUGGAUCGUACGGGGGUGACAUGAACUUGCUAACCUGGGACGAUCAAUUGGCGCGUGGAGCCCUUGCUUGGGCCCAUUACCUCUGCAUCGAAGGAAAAGUCGACCACGACGAGAACAAAUGCCGGGUAACCGAGCGCUACGAUUCAGUAGGGCAGAAUGUUGUGGUGAAGUCCGGCAGGGAUUAUAGCAACGAAACACUUGCAGCUAGGGAAGCUGCGAAAAUAUGGUACGAUGAGAUCGACAAAAUGCCGCCGGACGCGAUGUUUCCAUUUAGGUGGACUGUUGAGGCGGGGCAUUAUACAGCACUUGUAUGGUCUCGCUCCUAUAAAAUCGGCUGUGGGCUUGUUAAGAAGCCAGUUCCUAGGUCCGGAUAUAAGGCGUAUGUUGUCUGCAACUAUUCGCCAAGUGGCAACGUAAGAGGCGCUAACUAUAACGUAUUCGAACCAUCGAAAAAGCUCGCUAAUGCUUGUAGGCCCGGAACGAGAAAAGGCAAAUCAGGACUAUGCGAAAUUCGAAAUGAAAUCGAAUAUCGGAAGCACCUCGGCUUGAUAACUGUUCCGCCGCCAAAAACUCAUUCAUAAUUUGCAGUGCAGACGGCCGGAAGCGCUAGUGAUACAUACUGCUUGCGCCAGAAUUUUGCCCAUAUGGCUUAAGAUUAAUAAAAUUCAUACGGUAUGACACA